CCAGCAAAUAAAAGGAAAGCUGCCCCAAAGCCAAACCCCAACACUGCCGCCCCAUAUUUUCGCACAUCUUCUUCUCCAUCUUCCCAAACCUAUGGACUAGAAGAACGGAGCUUUUGUGUCCACGUAGACGACCGUUUGAAAGUACCUUUCCCCAACAAGCCACAGCAGCGAGGUGUUUUGCAGGAAACACGCGGAAGCCAUCAAAUCCUUCAUGCCGAGGCACGAUCGCGCCAGCCCGCCUCCCACCUUUAAGCGCCGUCUCGAGUUGGCACUAAUUGCUACGGCUGGAGAUGCUCUAAGACGCUAAUUACUUGUCUGAAAAAACCAACCAAAACAACAAAAACAAAAAUGGAGCAAGAAAAGAUUGUGAAAUCAAGAUUCAAAAGUGUGUGUGUUUACUGCGGGAGUAGCUCUGGGAAGAGAGAUUGUUACCGGGAAGCAGCGGUCGAGUUAGGCCAAGAGCUGGUAUCGAAAAGGUUGGAUCUUGUUUACGGCGGAGGCGGCAUUGGGCUCAUGGGGCUGGUGGCACGAGCCGUUCAUGGCGGCGGCGGACGUGUUCUUGGGAUCAUACCGAGACCUUUGAUCGGCAAAGAGAAAACUGGGGAGACUAUUGGAGAGUUGACGGUGGUGGCUGAUAUGCACCAGAGGAAGGCCGAGAUGGCCCGCCAUGCUGAUUGCUUUAUUGCUCUGCCAGGUGGUUAUGGUACACUGGAAGAGCUGCUGGAGGUCAUCACAUGGGCUCAACUCGGCAUCCAUCACAAACCAGUGGGAUUGCUGAAUGUGGAUGGAUAUUACAACUACCUCCUAACCUUCAUUGACAAAGCAGUGGAUGAUGGAUUCAUCAAGCCAUCACAGCGCCACAUAUUUGUGUCUGCACCAAAUGCAAAAGAGCUGGUGCAGAAACUGGAGGAAUAUGUGCCUGUGCAAGAUGAAGAUGUUGCCAAAUUGAAUUGGGAGGUUGAGAUUGAGCAAGUGGGAUUCACUGCUCCCCUCAAACAGGCUGAGGUUGCUCUUUGAUGAAGACAGCAAUGAAUUCACAAAAAAAAAAGAAAGAAAAAGGAAUGUAGGGAGACUUGUUUGAUUUAAGUUAAGGUAUCUGCACUAAUCAACUGAACCCUACCAUAAAUGGUGUGGUGCAAAACAAUGGCUAGGACAAGAAUGAGGACACAGUAGUUCUUCUUGUAUUUUUGGAAGUGGGAAAAUAUGCUUUUGUAUGUAUCUUCCUCUCUCUCUCUCUCCCUCUAUAUAUAUAUAUGUAUGUAUGUAUCUGUGUGCUUGUUGGGGUUUUUGUUGAAGGAUAUUUUGCUAUCACA